CUGCCCCGCGCCGCCCGGAGCCGCCGCCGCCGCCGCCGCCGCUGGGAAGCAGCAGGAUGUUUCGUAACCAGUAUGACAAUGAUGUCACGGUUUGGAGCCCGCAGGGCCGAAUUCAUCAAAUAGAAUAUGCCAUGGAAGCUGUGAAACAAGGCUCAGCUACUGUGGGGCUGAAGUCGAAAACACAUGCUGUCCUGGUGGCUCUCAAGAGAGCACAGUCUGAGCUGGCAGCUCAUCAGAAAAAAAUCCUGUACGUUGACAACCAUAUUGGAAUCUCAAUUGCUGGACUUACUGCCGAUGCAAGACUCUUGUGCAAUUUCAUGCGUCAAGAGUGUUUGGAUUCUAGAUUUGUCUUUGAUAGACCUCUUCCAGUUUCUCGCCUAGUGUCACUAAUUGGAAGCAAAACCCAGAUUCCAACUCAGCGUUAUGGCAGGAGGCCCUAUGGAGUAGGACUGCUCAUCGCAGGCUAUGAUGACAUGGGUCCUCACAUCUUCCAGACUUGUCCCUCUGCAAACUAUUUUGAUUGCAAAGCAAUGUCCAUUGGUGCUCGUUCACAGUCAGCACGAACUUAUUUGGAGAGGCACAUGACUGAGUUCACUGACUGUAAUCUAAAUGAGCUAGUUAAACAUGGACUGCGAGCCCUGAGAGAGACUCUUCCUGCUGAACAGGAUCUGACCACCAAGAAUGUUUCAAUUGGAAUUGUGGGCAAAGACAUGGAGUUUACCAUCUAUGAUGAUGAUGAUGUAGCACCAUUCCUAGAAGGUCUUGAGGAGAGACCACAGAGAAAGCCGGUUCCACCUGUUGAAGAAACCGUGGAGAAGGCAGAGGAACCAAUGGAGCACUAGUUGGUGGAUGAGUUCCUCUGUUAAUGUAUAAUUAUCUAGGAACAUUUAUCCAUUUGCUGGUAACUUUAUCCUCACCUAUAUUUGUUUUCUGAUGCUACAUUCUGAGGAUUGCCUGUAAAGAAAGAAACCAACAAACCUAUGCUUAAAAGAUAGACAGGAGGACAUCUCUGGGUGUAACUGCUUGGACAAGAAAGGUGUAAUCAUUUUCUAAAUAGUACAUGAUAACUGUUUUAUAAAGAAAAGACACUGUCUUUAACUCAUAAGGACAAGUGGAAAUAAAUCACUUUCUCUGAC